AAACCCAAACCAAAAGCCCUUUUCCCAGAUUCUCCUGCACUCGUCUUCCUUCUUUUUCCGCGCACACUCACAGGAAAAAAAAAAAAAAGAGGAGAGAGAAAGCUUAACAAUGGCGGAGAAGCCAGAAGCAGUGAAGGUUCUAUAUUGUGGAGUAUGCGGUUUACCCGCUGAGUAUUGUGAAUUUGGACCCGAAUUUGAAAAAUGCAAACCCUGGUUGAUCCAAUAUGCUCCUGAUGUCUACCCUGAUCUUCUCAAAGAUAGCGAUGGUAAAGAAGUUGAUAAGGUAUCUGAUCAGAUGCAGUCCACCUCAAUUUCUGCUGGUGGCUCUUCAACAUCUAAACCAGAAGAAGUAAAGCGACUUCCUGGCGGGAAAGUUAAGAAGAAAGACAAGAAAGAAGUUAUUAUUGAGAAGGUUGUAAGGAAUAAGCGAAAAUGUAUCACCACUGUGAAAGGAUUGGAGCUUUUUGCUGUUAAACUCAGUGAUGCUUCAAAAAAGCUAGGGAAAAAGUUCGCAACAGGGGCGUCCGUUGUUAAGGGACCAACGGAGAAGGAGCAAAUUGAUGUUCAAGGGGAUAUAGCGUAUGAUAUUGUGGAGUUUAUUACAGACACUUGGCCUGAUGUCCCAGAAAGUUCAAUUUUCUUCAUAGAGGACGGAAAGAAGGUUCCAGCAGCUUAAACCUGAAAAAUCAGAUGAAACAAACCGAGAAGUUCAAUGUGCUAUUACUUGAAUACAUGCCUUGCGAAACAAACAGGAAUCGGGUUUCAUUUACUUGUGGAGGAAGGUAUCUGCAUAGGAGGUUUGUUUUUUCUGUUAUUCCAAUGACAGUUACCCUCCCCUGUAUUAUUUCAGGGUCAAAGUUUACACCUUUUGGGUGAAAGUAUAUCUAACAAGAAUCAUGAUCUGUUUGAAGAUGUAUGCUAGUAGCUGUGGUAGUUUUUUUAUUUUUUUUAUUUUUACAUAUUUAUUAAGAGAUAUAUUGGGACUUCUUGAAUCUUGUAUUCCUGUUGUUUGCAUCAAUAAUCAAUUAUACAUGGUAUAUCGUCUGGAA